GUUGUCAUCUGUCAAUGUGGUUAAUUUUUAUCAGAUGUCUGUUACUAUAAUAUAACAAUAAACCAUGAUAACAACGGAUAAUGGGUGUUAUCAGUAAUUCAUUACAACAAUGUUAGCAAAAAAAUUGAUUAUUGAAGAAUAUUAACAAUGCACGCUGCUGUGAGAUCAUCCAAGAAAGACACUGCGGAAACGUUUACACGACAAGGAUCACUCAGAAAAGUUAUAUCUGUAGAACACAAGGAAAAUUUAUUCGGUCGUCAGAAUGAAGAUCUUAAUAAAAUGUACAAAAAGUUCCAUCAGGAGUAUGUCAUCUUGGCUGAAUACAAAAUGAUUCAGACUGAGAAUAUACAAGGUGUCUAUGUAAUUCCGUCCAGAGAAAACCCAUUUCUAUGGUUUGGUGUGAUUUUUGUCAGAAGUGGCCCUUAUGAAGACGGGAUUUUUCGUUUUAAUAUAGUUUUAGAUGAAAAUUUCCCUGAUAGUGAACACCCUAAAGUGACGUUUCUGUCAGAAAUAUUCCAUCCUGUGAUACAUCCACAAACUAAUGAAGUUCACCUUUUAAAGGCGUUUCCGACUUGGAAUAAGACCGAACAACAUAUCUGGCAAGUUUUGAAAUAUAUACACUGGAUUUUUUACAAUGUAGGCGCCAGUGUCCCCCACGCUGUCAACACUGAAGCAGCCGAUUUGUUCACCAAUAAUCAAGAGGCCUUUAAGAGUAAAGUCAGAGAUAUAGCCAAAUCCAGCCAAGAACACAUUUAUGAUGAACCGUCUAACGAAGACAAGCACUAUCUCAUAUUCGAGCCUUAUAACCCAGAAGUGCACGAACAAGCAAGGAGCACGAUGUUGACACAAAACACCGAAGAUGGAUCAAAGUGCGGUUUUUCUUGGGUUCUUCCAGGAAGCCUUAAACCUUUAGGUCGUCCACCAAGUCCGGAUUCGGAGAAUGAAUCAUGACCGGCGAUUUUUGUUUUCUAAAUUUUGCCUAGGAGUACAAUUUUUGUUUUACUUAUUAUCAAAAUUUUUAUUUUAUUUAGCAAUAUUUUUUCACAUGACAAUUGUGCUUUGAGCAAGGCUGUUAAAAUAGUUGUGUAAUUUUAGAUAUUUUUAUAUAUUGGCAAACAAUCAAAAGCAACGUGCAAUAUAAAGUUUAUUAAAUA